AUCCUCCGCGGACCUCUUCGGAGUGUUCCCUCGCGUGGACGCCGCGCAGCUGUGCGUCUACGAGGCGGAGACGGUCCAGCUGGUCGGCUCCGUCGACGCGGAGGCCCUGGAGGGCGAGCUCCGCGGCGCCGGGGACACGACGUGGCGGCCCGUGCGCACGGACGCCCAGGGGGGCGGCGCCGGCAGGGCGCUAUUCAGCGUCGCCAUCGGUGCCUUCCGGAACACGACCGCGGGCCAGUACAAGGAGCUGGCGCUGGCGUUCCCUGCGUGCGAGGGCGCCGACCCGGUGGUGCUGCCCUGCCGCUCCUACCUGGGCUGCCAGGAGCUGCUGCCGGAGUGCGCCCACGGCUACAUCCGAAGAGCAGACAGCGGGGCAUGGCCACUCCUCCUCCUCCUCCUCCUCCUCCUCCUCCUCCUCCUCC